AUGGCCAUCAUUGGGGGACUAAGUCCUGAUACAUCAUCCUUUAUGGCAGAAAGUGUACAUGUCUACAAAAUUCCACAGUUGACUUAUAGUUCCUUUGCCCAAGAAGACUUUCAGAUUACUGAGUUAUUUCCGCUUUAUUGCAUGGUCCCAAAAGAGGAGCAUCAGUAUACUGGACUUGUACAACUUCUUCUCCAUUUUGGAUGGACGUGGAUUGGACUCUUUGCUUCUGAAAAUAAGGAAGAAUGUUUUUUGCAGAAACUGCAGCCAUUGCUUUCACAGAACAGAGUCUGUUUAGCUUUCACACAAAACAUUCCACAACAUCUCAACUUUGAAGUCUUAUCCAAAUUGCUUAAUUCAUUCUCAAUUAUUUCUGUUAAACUGUUAGAUAAGAAAGCAAAUGUUUUUCUUGUCUAUGGAGAAACAAUCACAAUAGUGUGGGUGAGAACUAUUAUGUUUCUACAUGAUCCUGAAAAUAAAGAGAGUGCAUUAUAUAGGAAGGUUUGGAUCCUGAUGAAUCCAAUUGAUUUCAUUCUGAUGGGAACUCAAAGGAGUUGGGAUCUCCAGAUGUUCCAUGGGGCUCUUUCCUUUACAGUGAAUUCAAGAGACAUUCAAGGCUUUAAAGAAUUUCUUCACGUCAUCAAACCUUCUACCCGCAAAGAUGAAUUUCUUCAACAUGUUUGGGGGCGAUUGUUUGAAUGUUCAUUUUCAAAUACAGAAUUAUCUGAAACUUGUACUGGAGAAGAGAAUUUGGAGAAUCUGCCUUCACCUUUUUUUGAAUUUCAGAUGACUGGCCAAAGCUACAGUAUCUACAAUGCUGUUUAUGCAGUGGCGCAUUCUUUGCAUGAGGCAGUGAGAUCAAAAUCCCAACCAAGAGAGAUUCGAAGGGUUGAAUUUCCAAAUCUGCUAUCUUGGCAGGUUCUUCCAAUUUCUGUGUGUAAUGACCCUUGCUCCCCUGGAUCCUGGAAGAAAGGGUUGGAAGGAAAACAAUUCUGUUGCUACGACUGUGUUCCAUGUCCAGAAGGGAAGAUUUCAAAUCAAAAGGAUAUGGAUGACUGUUUUCAAUGUUCAGAAGAUCAUUAUCCAAAUAAAGAAAAGAAAGGAUGUAUCCUGAAACUGGUGGUGUUUCUAACCUUUGAAGAAACCAUAGGAAUUGGUUUGGCCUCGGCAGCUCUUUGUUUCUUCCUCUUGACAUCUUGGGUACUUGGAAUUUUUAUUAAGCACAGGGAUACUCCCAUUGUCAAAGCCAACAACCGGUCCCUCACCUACACCCUCCUUGUCUCUCUUCUGCUCUGUUUUCUCUCCUCUUUGCUCUUCCUCAGCCAACCUGGCAAAGUGACCUGCCUUCUCCGGCAACCAACUUUUGGCAUCACCUUCUCAGUGGCCAUUUCCACUGUACUGGCCAAAACCAUCACCGUGGUUGUGGCUUUCAUGGCCACUAAACCUGGUUCUCAGAUGAGAAAAUGGGUGGGAAAAAAAUUGGCCUUUUCUAUUGUCCUUUUUUGCUCCCUCUUCCAAGUAUGUAUUUGUACUAUUUGGUUGUUCUCAUUCCCUCCAUUCCCUGAGUUGGACAUGCACUCAGAGCUCCAGGAAAUGAUUUUACAAUGCAACGAGGGGUCAACUUUCUUCUUUUAUUGUGUCUUGGGAUACAUGGGUAUCUUGGCCAUCACCAGCUUUAUUGUGGCUUUCUUUGCCCGUAAAUUACCCGGCAGCUUUAAUGAAGCCAAGUUCAUCACCUUCAGCAUGUUGGCCUUUUGCAGUGUGUGGAUCUCCUUCUUUCCAGCCUAUCUUAGCACAAAAGGCAAAGCCAUGGUAGCUGUGGAGGUCUUCUCCAUCUUGUCCUCCAGUGCUGCAUUAUUGGGAUGCAUAUUUUUGCCAAAAUGCUACAUCAUUGUUUUCAGGCCUGAGCUAAACCACCGGGAACAACUUAUAAAGAGAAUGUAGGGCAUCAUGUGUUCUUUCUGGCUAUGGAAAUGAUUAACAGAACAAAAAGAGUAGAGUGCUGCUAUCUACAGGAAAUUAUAGAUGUCAUUGUUUCUGUCAAACAAGAUUUUAAUGAUUUAAUUAAAGUUUUCAUGAAGGAUCACUCUCCAUCAACCAAUGUAUAUCUACUGUACCUAAUUAUCCAAUUUUAAUAAUGUUGCAAUUUAGGGACAUUAUAUAAAACAUAAUCUUCCUUCUAACUCAUCCCAUUAGAAGUAUAUGCUGACCAUUGACCAUAAUAAAUUUUGAUUUAAUUUGGUUUGAUUUGGGUGUGUCUUCCACUAGUCUUUUGGAUAAGACCCUUUCCAUCAUGCAAUGGCUAAUAAAAUACCACAUCAGGCUAGAAAGCAGGAGACCCUGAGUUCCAGUCCUGCCUUAGCUAUGAAAGUCAUCUGGCUAUCUUUAGGACAGUCCUUCUCUCUCAGCCCAACCCACCUCACAGGGUUGUUAUUUAGGGAAAAUAGGAAGAUGAAAGUGUGUUAGAUAUUUUCAAUGCCUUGAGUUAUUUGUAAAAAUAAUAAAAUCUAUAUGUGUGUGUGUA